UUGAAUUCUUUGCCACCCUCAUGCUAAGAAAAUUUCUCUAGAUCCGCCCCUGGUUACUGUUCUAUCAGCUUUAGGUUGUCCAGCCAUUCUCCUUUGACCUCUGACAUCAGCAGGCAUUUUGACCCAGAGAAGUGUUGCUCGCUGGAUAUUUUUUUCCCCCUGGGCCAUUCUCUAAUGGCUAAGUAUAUUUAUCUGAAGCACUGCCACACAGAACAACUACACAGAACAACUUUAGAUGUUACAGAAUUUUAAAGUACAUACAGUGCAUAAAAAUUAAAGACAUACAUUUUCAAAUAGCCUUGACACCAGCAAUUUAUUUUUCUGAUGUUAGUGUUACUAACUGGCCACACGAUGGCGCUCUGCUCUCAUGUCGUUCAACCAACUGACUAUUUUGAAAAGUCCUGGGCCAAGUAUUUUCUACAUUUUAGUUAUUCUCUUUUGCCCUGACGUCGUUGCCCAAUGCUCUUUUGAGAAAUAUUAUAUUUCCAGAUUUUCAUGUAAGAUUAUUUAUUCGCUUUUGACAGAAAGCCUGACCUCAACAAAGCAGAUGAUUUAAUUGCCACUUCGUAACAUUACAACUGUCAUUUUUCUUCAGGUGGUAAAUUCAUUUAGAAAUUAACAUUUGAAUGCAGAAUGCAAAUCCAAAACGCUGCCCUUUCUCAAGGACGCAGAAAGACAUGCGAGCAAAGAUAUGACUGACUAUUGGAUAUUCUUUAGAGAAGAUACGCAUUGUAAAGUUUAAGAAAAUGAAGAAUGCAACUUCUAUCUUUAUUCAAGACUUGCAUUAAAUUAUUUGUUUUUGGGUGAUAUAAAACAUUGUGUGAGUGAGAUUAUCCCGUCAAGCACAUGCCCACAGCCUCCGUUCCUUAUGGGUUGACAGCGAAAAAAAAGUUUUCAUGUCAGUCGGUUAAAAUUCAUUGUUGCCUGUCCAGCCAAUCAUAGAUUUUGACGACACAAAAGAGGCUAAAGUUGGAGUAUAAAAAGGUGCGCGCUAAUAAACUAUGAUGCCUAUCAGUGUGGGACAUUAAUCCAACCCCAGUUCAGUCGCGCAUCAGCUCCGACACAGUGCAAAGGAUUUUUUUUUAAACAAAACGUAUUUUUAAACCACACUUCACACCUAAGAGACAAUGCAUCUGUCUCAGAUCGUGCUGUAUCUGAGCUUGCUGAUUGCGUUGGGUCCAGUAGUUCUGAGUGACCAAGAGGCGCACCAGCAGCCUUCCGUCAGCACCCCAGUAGACACGGAUCAAUGCGCUACCUGCGAGGUCCGGCAGCAGAUUAAAACCAUGCGAUUAAACGCGAUAAAGUCUCAGAUUCUGAGCAAGCUGCGAAUGAAGGAAGCUCCCAACAUUAGCAGAGAGAUCGUGAAGCAGCUCCUGCCCAAAGCGCCGCCGCUGCAGCAGCUUCUGGAUCAGUACGACGUGCUGGGAGAUGACAACAGGGAAGAAGUCCUGGAGGACGACGACGAGCACGCAACCACGGAGACAAUUGUAAUGAUGGCAACUGAACCUGAUUCCGCUGUCCAGGUGGACGGGCAACCAAAGUGCUGCUUUUUCUCAAUUACGCAGAAGUUUCAAGCCAGUCGCGUAGUUCGAGCGCAGCUUUGGGUGCAUCUGCGUCCAUCGGAAGAAGUGACCACCGUGUUCCUGCAAAUCUCCCGGCUUAUACCGGUCACAGACGGGAACAGACACAUACGAAUCCGCUCCUUGAAGAUCGACGUGAAUGCCGGGGCCAGCUCUUGGCAAAGUAUAGACGUCAAGCAAGUGUUGACUGUGUGGCUGCGGCAGCCGGAGACCAACUGGGGCAUCGAGAUCAACGCUUUCGAUUCGAGGGGAAAUGACUUAGCUGUGACCUUCGCAGAGCCGGGAGAGGAGGGUCUGCAACCGUUCAUGGAGGUGAAGAUUUCAGAGGGCCCCAGGCGUGCCCGGAGAGACUCGGGCCUGGACUGCGAUGAGAACUCUCCAGAGUCCCGGUGCUGUCGCUACCCACUCACUGUGGACUUCGAGGACUUUGGCUGGGACUGGAUUAUUGCACCAAAACGCUACAAGGCCAACUAUUGCUCUGGGGAGUGUGAGUACAUGCACUUACAGAAGUACCCACACACCCACCUGGUGAACAAAGCCAACCCCAGAGGGACUGCAGGUCCCUGCUGUACCCCAACAAAGAUGUCGCCAAUCAACAUGCUCUACUUUAACCGCAAAGAGCAAAUCAUCUAUGGCAAGAUCCCCUCCAUGGUGGUGGACCGUUGUGGAUGCUCCUGAGUUGGGAUGGAGAGAGAAAGGGGGUGGGGGCGAAGGGGCCGAGGCGCCAUCCAGCACCCUACUUUAAGACUGUUUCACACCACCAAUCCACCAGUUCCAGUGCUUUCCUGCAGAACACGGUGCAAUAGAAUCAGAGUAGAGGCCACAAACAGCCCGACCUUCCUGCAGGGCAAUGCUUUCAUAGUUCUCACUUUUCUUUCCUCCAGUGAAAUCUUAGCCAUAGAGGCUUGAAGCCAGGUGGAUGCAAGAAUUCAAACACACACACACACACACACCGACACAUAUAACACAUGCUGGACCUUGAAGUGAAUGUAGCCAGAAAUGAUCACAGUUUUCCAAAACAGUGUUAUUAUUCUUUGUUUUUUAAAUGAUCUGUGCUCUGUCCAUUUAUACCAACAUGCCGUCCGUUUAUACACCACUCCACUUGUAGCUGAUAUACAAGCUAUCACACUUGAUGCUCUGUGUUUGUGAUAAUCAUUUUUUUAGUUUUGUUUUCAGAGUGAAACCAGGAAUCCUCAAGGACUUUUUGAAAGGGCUCGGAAAAACACAGCUGGAGACUCUUUAGGGUGAUAUUUCACACUGGUAGAACAUGUUUUAGUACCCCUAAGUGUCCCCAAGAGUCAAUGAAAAGUUAAACUGCACAAAAGACUAACUAAUCUGGAGAUUAAUCUCUCUUGUAUUGCUCAAAGUUUCAGUUUCAAUGUUUUCUCCCCCCAAAAUGAUGUGGUGGUUAAUCUCUCUUCAGAGCCUAUGGAUACAAACAUGUUCCACCAGUCUGAAGUACCACUUUAGGUCUUGUCAGGUCCUCAUUUAUUCUGUCAUACAUACAUGCAACAAUAUAUCCAACCGAGAGAUCGUUCUCCCUCAGUCGCAAUUGUCAGUAUCCAACCAAACAGCCCGACCUGCCCGAUACACUUGAAUUAUUCUGAUUGUAAAUUCACAUGACUGGACAGAAGGACUUGAACUGAAGGCACGAUGAAUGCAGCCUCCAAAUGAAAGUGUGUUUAAGACAGAAAACGAUGUGAAUGUCGAAAUCAUGCCUAGACUCUGUCUUACAAACACAGUUUGCACUAUGGCACACCAAUAGAAAGAAUUGGUUGCUACAAAAAAAAGUUGUAAAAACUGAUUUUGAUAUGUUUGCUAAUUUGUAUUGUAUUCAUAUGCCAUUUGUUUCCAGUAGGAGUUGCCUUUCUGAACCAUUGUUGGUAAAUAUAUAAAACUGCAACCUAGCAAGAUAAAUGUUGUAAUGCAGCAACUCUAUAUACUUGUUUUAACAAAUAAAGUUUCUAGCUUGUUUGAAGA